GAGCCUCAGUAUGCAGAGGGACCCCCCCUCACCUGGAACCAUGUACGUCAGUUACCUGCAGCUGGACAAAGAACCCCCCAUGUACCCGCACCAGAACCCGGUGACCCGACACCCGGGGCUCAGCCCGCAGAACUUCCCGGUGUCCGCCCCGCCUCAGUACUCUGACUUCGCCGGCUACCACCACCACCACCACGGCCUCAGCAACGACCCGCACCCGGUGCAGCAGGCCGGGCCGGGCGCUGGUGGCUGGAGCCCGGCCUACCCCCCACCUCCUCCGGCCACCCGGGACGACUGGUCCACCCACCACUACGGACACCCGGCCGCCGCCGCCGCCGCCGCAGCGGCCGCGGCUGCCGGGGGAGGUCCCGCCUCGUCCACGGUGCCCGGAGCGGUGGGUCCCACCCUGGGGUUCAGCCCCCCGGAGUUCCCCGGGCAGCCUCCAGCGCUGCUGCCCUCCGCGGGGCAGCUGUCCCCCGGAUCCCCGCUGAGGAGGAACCCGUACGACUGGAUCCGACGCUCCUCCGCUCCGCCCUCCAACCCAAACGGAAAGACUCGGACCAAAGACAAGUACCGUGUGGUUUACACCGACCACCAGCGUCUGGAGCUGGAGAAGGAGUUUCACUACAGCAGAUACAUCACCAUCCGGAGGAAGGCGGAGCUCGCCACGGCGCUCAGCCUCUCGGAGAGACAGGUGAAGAUCUGGUUCCAGAAUCGUCGGGCGAAGGAACGCAAGAUCAACAAGAAGAAGCUGCAGCAGCCCGCCUCCUCCACGACCACGCCCACCCCUCCCAACGGGAGCAAUGGCAGCGGAGGAGGAGGGGGAGGCGGUCUCCAUAGAAACGGAGGCAGCAGUGUCCCCAUGGUGACGAGCAGCAGCGGGCUGGUGUCCCCCUCGUCGCUGCCUCUAAACAUCAAGGAGGAGUACUGA